CUGGUGGGCUGCAGAGUGGAGCGGAUCGCGGGCCAGGGGUGCUUUCAGUACGCAUGCAGCUGCAGGAGAGAAAAGCCGUCCAGGUCUGCCAUAAGGGACAGAUGGGUUAGCACCAGUAUACUACUUUGGCACAUUUUUUCUUUUUAUUUGGCAGACUGCCUCUUAAAGGCAGAGCUUGGUCCACAGCUUGCGAGUGAGCAGCCUGUGCUAGUGACAGGCCUGAGGAAUCGGAGCGAGAGCGAGGCAGAGAAGCGAGGCAGAGAAGCGAGGCAGAGAAGCGAGGCAGAGAACCUCCAGGAGGAGCCGCCAUGCGUGAGGAACUGUCCUACACACGCUCACCAGAAGGGAGCCGAGCAGCCCGGGGGGAGGAUGCGGAGCGCCCCCCAAAGACGGGGUCGAGCGGGACCCGUAAGCGAGAGCCGUGCCCCAGGAAUGACAACAGUGAGGCUGAGGAAAGGUCAGCUGGCAGUCCCCCGCACCUUCUGUCACCAGGAGCUAAGCGGCCCAAGAAGAGCCCCCCCGCGGCAGUGGCUGCGGUCGGCCAGCAGGGCACUAGCUCCGCCCCCCACGACAGCCAGCCCUUCGAGGACCUGCACACGCAGCGCGUGAUCGCCAACGUGCGCGAGCGGCAGCGCACCCAGUCGCUGAACGACGCCUUUGCCUCGCUGAGGAAGAUUAUCCCCACGCUGCCCUCGGACAAGCUGAGCAAGAUCCAGAUCCUCAAGCUGGCCUCGCGCUACAUCGACUUCCUGUACCAGGUGCUGCAGAGCGACGAGAUGCACGGCAAGUUGGCUAGCUCCAGCUACCUGGCCCACGAGCGGCUCAGCUACGCCUUCUCCGUCUGGAGGAUGGAGGGGGCCUGGUCCAUGUCCACCCCCCACUAGCCAACCACCCCCCCUCCCCACCAUA